ACGAGCCGUCCGAGACGGCUAGACGCGUGAUGUGUCGUACCUGUGGAAUUGGUUGCAAAAAAAAAGCUUCGUCUACCGUGCUAACAGGAAGCGUCUAUAUUUUGGUUCCCACUUGUUCCUGUGUGCGCGAGUUAUCACCGUUGGCCGGUUGAGUCAGCAGCCCAUGUGAGGAUUGCGCUUUUUGUCUGCGUCCCCAAUUCCGGGUCCGGGGACAAGGUCUACGAAUGGAAGUGUUUGCGCCGAAUUGUGUCAGUCUGCCGAGUGUGUUACACGCGUCAAUACUUGCUCGUCAUCGAAAGCAUUUAAUAUCAAACAGUGUAAAUCGUUGCAAAGAUUCAGCUACAACGUUAGCAAUUUUUGUAAACAUCGAUUGAAAUGUGAAAUUUCGCCGUUGCAAAGUGAUGUGUGCGGCUUGUUAAACAUUCCUCCCAAAUUCAUUUCUGCACGCUACAAUGUACAGGAUGUUAACUUAAUUACAGGCUUUAACGCGUGUAUCGAAACGGAUUAAUAAAAGAAAAUAAAUGGCUGAGAAGAGACGGUCGAAUGCACCACCAAUGGCAACAAUGUAAUGUGUAAACAUAGGGUGUGAAAAAAAAACGCGAACUGCAUGAGCUUUGUGUGGAGUAAAAAGAAGAUCGCUCAAAUCGCAUGUGCAGAAGUAAAAAAAAAAUCGAUUACAAAUCAAAUCAAUGUGUGUACUAACGAUAGAGUUGUGUGUUUUGCUGCAGUGAGGUUUAAGCGUGUUUCGAACGAUUUGUUCGAAGCGAUCAAGUGAGAGGGAAAGCAAGAGAGGAAAAAAGCGCUUUUGCACGGGUAACUGGGAAGCUAUCACUGGUUUUACUAUCAUCUUCAUCACCAGCACCAGUCAGCUUGGUUAUGCUCAACCGCAUAAUCAAAUGCAUGUUGUGAAACGAAGCAUUUGAGCUUUGUGUGCUUUAUCGUUGUUAUUGUGAAGAUAAACAAAGCUUGCUUUAACGAUCAAGGGGCGCAACGGAGAAGAACGUAGCUGGAUCGAACCGGUGCAUUAAAUGCAAUUUAGCGAUAGGACGGAACUGUGUGGUGGUGGUGCGCAGUGUAAUUGCUCACCCGGGGUAGGCGUCACCAUAUGUGCUGAUGAGCGCACACACGCUCGGUUGAAAUCGAAAGUGUGAAUCCCCUUUUAUCAAUCAAUUUCUCUGCUUUUUGUACCAUCUCGGACCUAUUCAACACAUUUAGAGAGUGAAAUUAGUGGCCAAAACAGUGAUCCAUCAUCGUCAGCGGAACGGUCGGUAAGCGGUUGAUAUACGUACAGUGCAGUGCAGUGCUUGAAGUGCAUCGUCCAACACCGUGACAGUUUGGCCAGACAGAGCCGUGUCGAUGUUUCGCCCCGCAUAGUUUAUGCACCGUGCCCCCGUUGUCAUCAUGCUGAAGAAGGAGAAACCGAUGCUGUCGGUGGCGGCAAUCAUUCAAGCGCAGGGCCGUUGGGAUCGAUCCCUGGCCGGGCUGGCAGGUUUUGAUGCAGCGCUGGUCGGUCACAUGGGCCCGCUGUCACCGCCCGAUCUGAAGCCCGACCUGAAGCCGGACAUUUCGCUGCUGAACGGAAGUGGCGGUGGACCGUUCUCGCCCGGCAACAACUGUGGCCCGGGCAGCCCGGGCAGUGGCGGCUUCAACUCGGUCGUCCUGCAGCAACAGAAUGCGCUCGUUGUGGGUGGGGCACUCGGAAAUGGGACGGGACAGCAGAAUCUGCUCGUUGGAGGUGGUUCCCAGCAACAGCAGCAGCAGCAGCAGCAGGGAAGCAAUGGAGGUGGAGGUGGCAGUGGACCGAACACUCCCUCCAACAUCACGCAGCAGUACCCGCCCAACCAUCCGCUCAGCGGCUCGAAGCAUCUCUGCUCGAUCUGUGGCGAUCGGGCCAGCGGCAAACAUUACGGUGUCUAUAGCUGCGAGGGAUGCAAAGGAUUCUUCAAGCGAACGGUACGCAAGGACCUGUCGUACGCGUGCCGGGAGGAUAAAAACUGUACGAUAGACAAACGCCAAAGAAACCGCUGCCAGUACUGCCGGUACCAGAAAUGUUUGGCCUGCGGCAUGAAGCGCGAAGCGGUCCAGGAGGAACGGCAGCGCAGCUCCAAAUUUUCGAUGAAGUCCGAAGAAAUCAACUCGACCAGCUCGGUGCGGGACGUUGUGGUUGAUCGGUUCCUCGAGGCUGAGCAGAUCGGCGAACAGAAGAGUGGCGACAAUGCCAUACCAUACCUGCGCGUUGGCCAGAAUUCUAUGAUUCCAUCAGAGUACAAGGGCGCCGUAUCGCAUUUAUGUCAGAUGGUGAACAAGCAGAUCUACCAGCUAAUCGAGUUUGCCCGACGGCUGCCAAACUUUUCGAAUCUGCCACGCGAGGACCAGGUGACGUUGCUGCGCAGCGGCUGGAACGAGAUGCUGAUUGCGUCCGUCGCCUGGCGAAGUAUGGAGUAUAUUGAAACGGAACGGCCACCGGACGGCAGAAACGAUGGCCGCGUUACUAUCCGGCAGCCGCAGCUGAUGUGCUUGGGACCGAACUUUACGCUGCACCGGAACAGUGCCCAGCAGGCCGGCGUCGACUCCCUGUUCGAUCGCAUCCUGUGCGAGCUGGCGAUCAAAAUGAAAAGACUGGACGUGAACCGGGCCGAGCUGGGCAUACUGAAGGCGAUCAUACUGUUCAACUCCGAUAUACGGGGCCUAAAGUGUCGGAAGGAGAUCGACCAGAUGCGGGAGAAAAUUUACGCCUGCCUGGACGAGUACUGCAAAACGCAACACCCGUCGGAGGAUGGCCGGUUCGCGCAGCUGCUGCUACGGUUGCCCGCCCUCCGCUCGAUCAGCCUCAAGUGCAUCGAUCAUCUGAACUUCCUGCGAUUGCUCGGCGACAAGCAGCUCGAUAACUUCAUCAUCGAGAUGCUGGACACGCCGUUGUAGGCGGAACUGCGUAUGUCUCCCGAUCGGCACAGCUCGCCGCCGGACGCGUUCGCCCGAGCCGCGCGAGAUGGUGAUGGGGAGCCAGGGACCGUGCUCCUGCUGUCGACCCUGGUGCAGAUGCUGCUGAGAGAGACGGGACUGUUUCUUCUGCUGCUGACGCUGGCAUUUCUCAAAGUGUUACUUUCGCGGGCGUAAACAGAACAAAACUCGUCCGCGCGUGGUGGCUGGCACUAAGCGAGCGAACGAGCGGCAGAACAGACAGGCGUUAUGAAUUAUUUUCAUAACUGUUUGUAUGCUUAGCAGGCAACAACACACAUUUUACACUUUAGUUUUUUUUAUGUUAGCAAAUUAAUUGCCACGCACCUUUCCCUUCGUUGGGAAAUACCAGAUUCCGGGCGUAGCUGUAAUGAUCCUUUUGUUUUGUAUGAAAAUCAAACCGCUGGGGCUGGGCACCAGAAGUGAAACGAUGAUAAUGAGACAGUAAUGAACUUUCGAUGCAAAAAUAAAAAAAAAAACACACAGAAACAUAAGAAAGUAUAGUAAUACGUUUAAAAUAUGCUUUUCGUCAUCCCUCCCAUAGUAAAGAGAAUGCACUUGUUGAAGCGAUAGCGGGGGGAGAGCAAGGAUCAUCGAAUCGGUCGGCGACCCAAAAGCGAAUUGCGUGCGAAGCGAGCGUGAGCAAUACACAAGCGCACUUGCCCCGGGCACACGUAAAGUGUGCAACAAGACGCUGAACUGGAAGAAACAAGCUAAACGAACAACACACAUUACAAAACGAUAUGGUGCAAAUAGAUUUUAUCAACACUCAACACUUAAUCCCUUUUACCAAGUAAGUCUACAUAGCUGUAAAGUGAUAGGGAAUGGGGAACAUUUACGAGACGGAUAGAGUGAGAGUGAGAGAACCAUCACAGACAGACGUUUGUGUGGGUUAAGCAAGGGAAAUAAAAUAUAUAAACACUCAUUUCCCGCUGCUCUGGCCACACUUUUAAGCCAGGAGUAAUGGAAAGUAAGUGAAAUGGAGUAGUGUGACAGCAUAGAACAUUAGAUUUUUGUUUGCCUAGAGUAAGGGAUGCAAAUUAUUAUAACCAUCCGAUAAAUGCAUUGCACGAUAAAACAAAACCCCCGUACUGAUAGAAGGAAACCGAUUCUCUGGUUUUAGAUCGUUGUUUAGCUACACUGAUGUAUGUUAAAAUGCUACUUGCAAAAUCAUCUCUCUACUAUGCCGCAUUUCAUUACACUCUCGUUUUGCUGCAGUGCUCACUCUCUAGUGGCUAAUCUCACUAGAUCUCAUGACACGAUGCUAGGGGAAAGAUGUUAAAAAUAUACUUAACCAUGCAUAAGAUGAAUAUGCAUUUCUCCUACAGAGGUUUUGCUUUGCUCUUUCUUUUCUUGUUUUCUUUAGUUUGUUAGCACUUUAAAGGCAGGCCGCGCGGGAAAGUUGUUGUGGGUAAAGCGGCACACACACACUUGCCCUUGAGUGAUGUAUCCCGUCGUAACUCAUGAUGCAUCUGUUUGUUGUGUAUUUAUAUAAGUAUUGCUCUGCCUGUGCAAAUUCGUUUUAAUCACAGCGACAAGUAAGAAAGUGAACAGCCUGUGCUCGCUAUCGCCACGAGAGGCAGACCACAGCGAUGAGCAAGCAAUUGCACACAGUACACAAUUCUAGAAACGCUCUCAAGCAAACCACAGCACAUAAAUGAUGGGAAGAAAUGACACAAGCUGCUGAAUGUGAAAGAGAUCUAUUUAUUAAUGUUUAAAUGCGCUGAUAUGAACAGCCACUGUUGUAAUAAUCCUUCCUUUGGCAGUAAAGUAACGUUUGCUUCCUUCUGUCCCAUGGUCCCUUUCACUUUGCGCGCACAGUUCCACAUCCCCAUGAAAUGCCCCAUGCAUACAUAUAUACCUGCAAAACGCGGAGCUUGAGUGAUUGUCCUGUAGUGAUGUAAGAGGUAGUGUUUCUUUCCUCCCUGUAGAAUUUAAUUAGCAAACACCCAUGUGCAAAUGCAACACGUUCUGUAAAUCGAACACUGCGGAAAAGGGAUCAGGCACAGCAUAAUAACGGCCAGGAAUGGGAUAAAGGUAGAAUGUUGGUAGCAGUUUACUUACAGGUUUUGUUGCUGAAUGAUGUAGAGAGAUGAUAGGAAUGGUUAUAGAAACUAGAAGUUGGUAACGAUGCAGGGAAAAUGAUAUAAUGUUUGUUUGUUAGGUUGUUGUUUUGCAAGAUGAAAAAAGAAAGAAAAGAAAAUAUAUACGCAACAACCAAUAAUGGUGUGGGAUUAAGUGCAAGAGAAAAAAAACAAGGUAAAGUUCGCAUCAGGCGAAAUUACCACCAUUUAGAAUGUGUGUGUGUGUUCCUCAGGAAAGAGCAGCAAAAUUGCUAAUCGAAUGUAAAAGAUAGCAGAAAAGUGAAACGACAGUGAAAAGAACAGGGUAAAUAUAUUGUGUAGCAAAGCAGGGAAACGGAAAUGGCAAAAGUGCGAACAGUGCAGAAGUGUACGACGGAUAGAUGAAACUAAUUUAUAUAUUUGUAAGCAUUUCUCAAAUGUAAUAAAAGAAGACACACAAAACACGACAGAAUCAAAAAUGUAAGAACAAAUGUAGAGCAAAAAAAAACGAUGAACAAACCAUUAAGCACGAGCACCAACCCCAUACCUUGCACUGAACCAUGGGUUCCGCAAGAGCAAGAGAUCGGAACAGUCACGUUUGAAGGGAGGAAGCAUCAUCGGGGGGGAUUGGUAUUAGUGAAUAAGGUAUGAUCGUAGGCACACUGUGCCACGCAUUUGGUACCUAAUACUAUGCAAAUGUUUAAAAGAAAAUAAAA